GUGCUCAGAGCUGUGGAGGAAGCCCUGCUCUGCCCUCCCUGCUGUGGCUGCUGCUCCUGACUGCAGAGCUCUCCUGGAACUGGAGAAGGGGAUGGGAGCAGGGUAGGCGGGCACUGACUAGCCAGCCCCUCUGCAGAUUCCCCGUUCUGGCGAUGAUGCUCUGAGCCCAGUGCACCUGGCAUUCACAUCUAUGGACCUGCUCUGAACCGUAGAGCCUGCCUAUGGGGGAAGAUACCUGAUUUUUCCAGCCCCAUUUGUUGAAAAGACUGUCCUCUCCCCAUCAAAUGUUCUUGGCACUCCUGUCCAAAGUAUUUGGCCACACAUGUAAAGCGUUUCAUCUUCUCUAAACAGGGAGAGUGGCCAUCUGUCUGGUACCCACAUCCAACGCGAUCCUCCCGACCUCACGGGGCUGCUUUGUUCUGAGGUAAGGGGAUUUUGUGGGCCUGGGGAAGCCGUCAGCGGAGCAGGACAGGUGGCCGAGGCUGGCUGUGAGGACAGCAGACCCAAGGAAAGCAGACCCAGGCGGCAUGGCAGGGUGACGCCAUCUGGGCCCCAUCCAUCCUUCUUCACAGCACCCUCAGUACCUUAAGCCAUCACCCCCAUCCACAUUUUGGGAGAAAGAUGGAGUCCAAGGUCUCUGAAGGUGGCCUGAAUGUGACCCUAACAAUUCGCCUGCUGAUGCAUGGAAAGGAAGUUGGAAGCAUCAUUGGGAAGAAAGGGGAAACUGUGAAGAAGAUGCGUGAAGAGAGUGGUGCCAGGAUCAACAUCUCAGAGGGAAACUGCCCGGAGAGGAUUGUGACGAUCACAGGCCCAACGGACGCCAUCUUCAAGGCCUUUGCCAUGAUUGCGUACAAGUUUGAGGAGGACAUCAUCAACUCCAUGAGCAACAGCCCUGCUACCAGCAAGCCCCCAGUGACGCUGAGGCUGGUGGUCCCAGCCAGCCAGUGCGGGUCCCUAAUUGGCAAAGGCGGCUCCAAGAUCAAGGAGAUAAGGGAGUCCACAGGUGCCCAAGUCCAGGUGGCCGGGGACAUGCUGCCCAACUCCACGGAGCGGGCAGUGACCAUUUCAGGGACGCCAGAUGCCAUUAUACAGUGCGUCAAGCAGAUCUGUGUGGUCAUGCUGGAGUCCCCACCGAAAGGUGCCACCAUUCCCUACCGCCCAAAGCCCGCCUCCACCCCUGUCAUUUUUGCAGGUGGUCAGGUAAGAGCCGACCCGCUCGCGGCCUCCACUGCCAACCUCAGCCUUUUACUGCAGCACCCGCCGCUGCCCGCCUACACGAUCCAGGGACAGUACGCCAUCCCCCACCCGGAUCAGCUGACCAAGCUCCACCAGUUGGCCAUGCAGCAAACCCCCUUUCCUCCCCUCGGACAGACCAACCCCGCUUUCCCCGGAGAAAAGCUGCCUUUACACUCCUCCGAAGAAGCUCAAAAUCUGAUGGGCCAGUCGUCAGGUCUGGACGCCAGUCCCCCGGCCAGCACUCACGAGCUCACCAUUCCCAAUGAUCUAAUAGGCUGCAUAAUUGGACGCCAAGGGACCAAAAUCAAUGAAAUUCGACAGAUGUCUGGAGCUCAGAUCAAAAUCGCUAAUGCCACUGAAGGGUCAUCGGAGCGUCAGAUCACCAUCACGGGAACCCCGGCCAACAUCAGCCUUGCCCAGUAUCUCAUCAAUGCCAGGCUGACGUCCGAGGUCACCGGGAUGGGCGCGCUCUAAUCCUACCCAGGCCACUCUGUGCACCUGACCGCUGGAGCCCACGGCCUCACCGGCUGGCGCACUCUGUACAAACCGCCUGCCCUUCCUCGCAGAUACAAGUAGUUUUCUUAUGUACCGACGGUCCAUGCAGUAGACACCAGUCCCAGCCGUCUGCACUCAGGCUCGGCCGCCCGCCCCCUUUGGUAGUUGGAGCCCGUCUCCAUGCAUCGGCAUGCACUGCUAAGUAUUGUAACGCUUCGGGGAACUCCCAUCCGUGACAUGGUAGAGAAUUGUCCUCAGUGUCCGUGUGACUGUCUAGGAUUUGGUCUGACGCUUUGGCACACUUCCUGUGACCUGCUGUCCCUGUGCUCAAGGUCCCUGCUCUCUCCCCUGUGCCCAGUCUCCCCUCAGAGCCCACGCGGCCUUGGCUCACGUUCCCAUCCAGCCAUGUGCUGGGAUCUGGGCUGCCUUUCCUGCAGCCUGUGGGAAACGCCCAGGAGAGGAGGGGCCUGGGGGACGUCUAAGGAAUGGGGCGGAGUGGCAGAGGGUGCGGGGCCCAGCUCCACAGGGAUGUCCCCUGGGGGAGGCACUUGUGGGCCCCAGGCGUCUUCCGGGGUGACUGGAGAGUGCAGCCUCUCCAGAAAGCCCCUCUGCACUGUCGGAGUUUAAUAAACGUUGUGCGCCUCCCCCAUC